UAAGUGCAUAUAUGUACUGACGGUUCUGACGAUCGCCGACCCGAAGGCUGUAGUGAUAGGAGGGGAAACUCGGUUUCGAAGGAAAUUACGCUAAAAAUAUGGCUGUUCAUCUACUGAAGAGUGUUAGCCGUCAAACUUUGCAGUUGAAAAGACCCCUUUUGACUAGAUUUAGCUCCAGUCUUCUCAUUGAAGAUCCAAAGUAUGGAUGGUUAAAAGAGUUGGGGCUAGGAACCGACAAUGACGGAGCGUUCACCGGAGAUCGAUGGGGUGGACGUGGAGAGGUUGUAUCAUCCAUCUGCCCUGCAAAUGGACAAGCCAUAGCCAGAGUCAGACAGGCCUCAAUGGAAGACUAUGAAACAGCUAUUCAGAUGUCACAAGACGCCUACAAAAUAUGGUCAGAUAUACCAGCACCCAAUCGAGGGGAGAUUGUUAGGCAGGUUGGAGAGGCUCUGAGGGAGAAGAAACAAUUCUUAGGAAAUUUGAUAACUUUAGAAGUUGGAAAGAUUGCAUCAGAAGGAUUGGGUGAAGUGCAAGAAUUCAUUGACAUGUUGGACUUCUCAACUGGUCUCUCCAGAACGUUAGCAGGACACGUCUUCCCAUCAGAAAGGCCUGGUCAUGCACUCCUUGAGCAGUGGAAUCCCUUAGGACCUGUAGGAAUCAUCACAGCUUUCAAUUUCCCAAAUGCUGUCUUUGGUUGGAAUGCAUCUCUUGCCUUGGUUUGUGGAAACUCUAUCAUGUGGAAAGGAGCCCCAACAACACCACUUGUAAACAUUGCAACAACAAAGAUUGUUCAGUCAGUAAUGGAUGCCAACCAUAUGCCCCCUGGUCUUGUAACACUGCUAUGUGGAGGAGGGGAUAUCGGUGAAGCGAUGGCAAAGGAUACCAGAAUUCCACUUCUGUCUUUCACAGGAAGCACUCCAGUUGGGCAGAAAGUUGGCACCAUGGUGCAAGAUAGAUUUGGAAAGUCUCUUCUUGAACUUGGGGGAAACAAUGCAAUAAUUGUGAUGAAUGAUGCUGAUCUUGAUAUGGUUGUACCUGCUGUUCUCUUUGCCAGUGUGGGUACAACAGGACAAAGAUGUACCACUACGAGGAGACUGAUACUUCAUGAAAGCAUCCAUGAUGAGGUUGUCAACAGACUAAAGAAGGCCUAUGGUACAAUAAGGAUUGGAGAUCCAUUGGAUGACAACACAUUAUAUGGUCCCAUGCAUUCUAAACAGGGCAUGGAAGUGUUUAAGAAUGCUGUUUCAGAUGCUGUAGCGCAAGGAGGACAAGUGGAAGUAGGAGGAAAGAUUAUAGAUAGACCAGGAUUCUAUGUAGAACCAACCAUUGUAACUGGACUUUCUCAUGAUUCUGAAAUCAUUCUAAGAGAAUCGUUCGCACCUGUUCUGUAUAUCCUGAAAACAAAGAGUUUUGAUGAAGCUUUGUCAUGGAACAAUGAGGUCAAACAAGGACUCUCCAGCAGUCUCUUCACAAAAGAUUUAGGAAAGAUCUUCCACUGGCUUGGACCAAAAGGCUCAGAUUGCGGAAUUGUAAAUGUCAACAUUCCAACAAGUGGAGCAGAGAUAGGAGGAGCAUUUGGUGGUGAGAAGCAUACAGGUGGUGGUAGGGAGUCCGGUAGUGAUGCAUGGAAACAAUAUAUGAGGAGAUCUACUUGUACUGUGAACUAUAGCAAGGAUCUUCCAUUGGCUCAAGGUGUCAAGUUUGAAUAACUGACUGACAAAACGAUGCUGCAAUAGAUGAUUCGGAAAUACACCCGCAACCAUCGAAAAAUGAUUCUGGUCACACUCAAUUCAUUUUGCCAAUAUAUUGUAGUUUUUGAUGAGGAAAUGUGGUGGUAUAUACUUAUGCUUGUUAUGUCAAAGACAAACAUAGGUGGUGGCCUUCUUGUCACUCUCAUCAGUGACAUCCUGGAGAAGUUUUCAACUAGCUUUUGAACAAAAAAUUUGUAAUAAAAGAAAUAAUGCAGAGAUUUUUUUUUAUUGUAAUGUAAGUGGGAAGAGUAACCGGUUGGUGAUGGCUGAUGCGGCAUUGUAAAUGCUGUACAGCAUUGGCGUUAAUGCACUCUCAAACUAUGGAAAUUUAAGCAAAUUGUACAAGUGGUUGCGGGGUCAUGGCUCAUUUUGUAAUCACAUUUCGGUUAAAAAAAAAUUUAAACUAUCAACCUGCAAUGAAUAUUGGAUGAUAGAUCUAUGUAGUCUAUUAAAUUUCAAAACAUGCAUAUUUUGACUACUAGCUGCGUAUGCAGAGGUAAUGGUAAUAUCAACUUCUGAUUUGAUAUAACGCUUAAUCAUGCAUAGGGACAAAUUUGCAGAUAAGUUAUUAUCCCUGUCUUUGGACUCUGGCUUGCCUGUAUGUAAUGUUUGCACUUUCCCCCACUUCCUUGACAUAAUGUUUAUUUUGCAGCUGUUAAGCUACAUGUAUUUACUCUGAAAUCUUGUAUUGUGGUGUGACAUACAUGUAUUUGAUUAUGUAAUACACAAUCAUUCACAUAAUUUAAACAUUUAAGUAUUAUUCAUUUCAACUUCAUGAUUGAUUUGAACAAUUAAAAAGCUUAAAACAUGAUGUUUCUUGACCAUCUUGCAUGCAAACAUGCAUGAAGUAUGAUGAGAUUUAAGGGCAAUCAUGAAUAUUUAUAUUGCAAUACAGGAAUCAUGCUAUUUUUGAACUUUCGCUAGAGUUCAUGUUACUUCACGUAUGGAGAUCAGAAGUGGCAUUUUAUCUCCAAAAUUUCUUCUGAAAUGUAAUUACAUGUAUAUUUUAUGAAAUGUAUGUGAUGCAUGAUACAUUAUUUUUUCCAAAUGAGAUGAAUCAUGUCAAAAAUUGGACCUCUACUUUGGUUGUUUAAAAAAAAUGUCUAUAAAAUGUAAGAACUGCUUCAAAUUAAGUAAUAGAGGUACAAUAUCAUUGUAAAUGAUAGUUUCAAGACUUUGAUAUAAGAGAAGUAGGUGAACUUUAUAAUUGUGUUCAAUUUAAAAAUUCAAACAUUUUUUUAUCCCUGAAAGUGAAUUGUAUUUCAAUUAGGUACACUCUUCAUAGAGAUCAAGAGGCUAAAUCGAUGCAUACGUGUCACCUUUCCUUUGUAUUCAUUACUUGCUUAUUUUUUUCUUUGAUUAUUCAUUUUAUUUGGCUGAAUGAUUUCAUUUGGGGUUGCUAUUGAUAAUAACAACUGUAUGACAGUUUGUUUUCUGUGAAUAAAACUUUAUUUUUAAAACCUAA